GGAGUGCCGUAAAGCGUGUGUUUUUGACAGGAGGAGGUCAUUAGAAAGUGAGGAGUAAAGUCGGAGCGCCGGGUUUUUACUGCCAGCUCGUCUCUAAUGCCGCUGUGAGGCAGGUAAAUUAUUUAUCAGACAGGUGUUCGAUUCCACACGCAGCAGAAUGCUUCGUUUAAUGCUGCGGCUCCGGCCGUGUCCCGGUGUCUCCCGUUCCCGUGUCCUACCGGCUGGGCCUGCUGCCUUCGGCUCUCUCUCCGUGUCCGGAACCGGGUGUCUCAGGCGUCUUCACAGCGGACACCGAACAGUGGCCCUGGGCUUCAGCCACAGAACGACCUUUGUGCGGUGUCCCCGCCCGGCUGGCGGCGGCCAAAGCAAGCGUCUCUACAGUCUGCCGCCGCACCAGAAGGUGGAGCUUCCGGCGCUCUCGCCUACUAUGCAGACCGGGACCAUUGCUCGCUGGGAGAAGAAGGAAGGGGAAAAGAUCAGUGAGGGCGACCUCAUCGCUGAGGUGGAGACUGAUAAAGCCACUGUAGGGUUCGAGAUGCUGGAGGAGUGCUAUCUGGCUAAGAUCCUGGUUCCUGAAGGCACCAGAGACGUCGUCGUUGGAUCAGUCAUCUGCAUCACCGUCGACAGCCCAGAUCUAAUCACAGCCUUUAAAGAUGUAACGUUGGACUCCAUCAGAUCUGCUGGUGCUACUCCUGCUGCUGCUACCUCUGGUGCUCCUCCUCCAUCAGCUGCUGCUGCUCCUCCAGCAGCACCAGGCAGCUCCUACCCCCCCCACAUGAAGGUGGCACUUCCUGCUCUCUCUCCCACCAUGACGAUGGGAACGGUUCAGCGCUGGGAGAAGAAGGUCGGAGAGAAGUUGAGUGAAGGAGAUCUGCUGGCUGAGAUUGAAACCGACAAAGCCACCAUCGGCUUCGAGGUGCAGGAGGAGGGCUAUCUGGCUAAGAUCCUGGUGGCAGAGGGAACUCGGGAUGUUCCUCUUGGAGCGCCGCUCUGCAUCAUCGUGGAAAAAGAAAGUGACAUUGCUGCCUUUAAGGAUUACGUAGAGACCGGAGUAGCAGAGGUGUCUGUGCCGCCGUCUCCUCCACCCCCUGCUGCUGCAGCGGCUCCGGCCCCCAGCGCUGUUCCGGCUGCUGCUCCAGCUGUUGCUCCUGCAGCAUCAAGGAAGGGCCGAGUGUUUGCCAGCCCACUUGCCAAAAAACUUGCUGCUGAGAAGGGAAUUGACCUGGCGCAGGUUAGCGGUUCGGGUCCAGAUGGACGCGUCACCAGGAAAGAUAUCGAGAGCUUCGUUCCAGCAAAGGCUGCACCUCAGGCUGCAGCAGCUGCUCCUGCUGCAGCUGCUGGUCGAGCUGCUCCCCUACCCGCUGCAGCCACCGCUCCAGCUGGCACCUUCACAGAUAUCCCCAUCAGCAACAUCCGCAGAGUCAUUGCUCAGAGGUUGAUGCAGUCGAAGCAAACCAUCCCACACUAUUAUCUGUCUGUAGACGUCAACAUGGACCUGGUGCUGCAGCUUCGAAAAGAGCUGAAUGAGGAGGUAAAAGCCCAGAACAUCAAGCUGAGUGUGAAUGACUUUAUCAUCAAAGCCAGCGCUCUGGCCUGCCUCAAGGUUCCUGAGUGCAACUCCUCCUGGAUGGACACGGUUAUUCGCCAGAAUCACGUGGUGGACAUGAGCAUAGCAGUGAGCACGGUCAACGGCCUCAUCACACCCAUUGUGUUCAACGCCCACAUCAAAGGCUUGGCUGCCAUCAGCUCUGACGUGUCGGCGCUCGCUGCCAAAGCUAGAGACGGCAAACUGCAGCCGCACGAGUUCCAGGGAGGAACUUUCACCAUCUCUAAUUUAGGGAUGUUUGGUAUCAAGAACUUCUCAGCUAUCAUCAACCCUCCCCAGGCCUGUAUCCUGGCUGUAGGAGGCUCAGAGAAGCGUCUGAUGCCCGCUGACAACGAGAAAGGGUUUGACGUAGCCAGCAUGAUGUCGGUGACUCUGAGCUGCGACCACCGGGUGGUGGAUGGGGCGGUUGGGGCCCAGUGGCUCGCUGAGUUUCGCAGGUUUCUGGAAAAACCCGUCACCAUGCUGCUGUGAGAAGGCGGUACCGCCAUGUCAACACAGCAUCAGACAGAGAGGCCUCACCGGACAAAUCCAAUCGGUCCGGAUCCUCCUGCCACCAGGUCACUCCCAGUUACCCUGAAGGGGAAGAGGCAGAACUCACUCCAUGUACCUGUCCAUCAGUCUCAUCAUCUGUCUUUCCUCUCAUCCUCUUUUAUUGUAUUUAUUGUGGCCAGAUCUCAUAAGAAACUUCAAUUCAAUUUAAUUUAUCCCCCAAAAAUGAAAUAUUUACCCUCAAAUGUGUGUGUGUCCCCAUGUAUGUCUAUGUGUGUGUAAUUUUUUUUUUAUUAUCUAGGAUCACAGGUGGGAAAGGAAUAAAACUGUGUUACAUUUUAUGGGUCUUGUAAUCCUCAGCUGGUGACAAAAUAGAUUAAACAUGUGUUUUUAUACACACACACACACACACACACACGUUCCAUUUCUGUUGGUUAGCGUUAACCCACUGUGGAUGAACACAGUGCUGUAUAUUUCUGUACAUGGAGAUGACACCGGUUUAGCCAAUUCCCACUUCAGUGAUAAGUUCUUGAUCCUGCAGCUGGAACGCACAAACCUGUUGGAUGUUGUUUAUUAUUUAAGAGCCAAACCUUGGUUUGGAUUCUCACCAGUAGACUUAUUAUGGGAACCAGUCAGAACAUGUGGAACCCAGGAGAACUCACGUCCAGGUGAAGAUGUCAGCCUCCUGAUGCGACUCUUUUCUUAACAUCUUGGUCAGCUGUUACUAUGACUUCAUGUUGACCUCCAAUAAAUAGCUUACGGCACCUGGAAAUGGG